AUGAAGGUGAUGGAGAGAUUCGGGAGAGAGGCGAGAAGGUCAAGCAUGGCAGCUGCUGCAACUGAUGGACUUUCCGGCCGCCGUGAGAGAAUGAGUAACAAGCGGAGGAGAGGUGAAGAGAGCGUGGAUGAGGAAGAAGAUUGCAAGGUGGAGGUGGAAGACGACAAUAUGGUGCUUUCUCAGAUGUCAUCGUCGGCUCGCCGGAGAAACCAUACGGUGGUGAGAGAAUCAAAGCAAGGUCAGCCGUUAAAGGUGAUCGGUGUUCAAGUUCCGAGGAAGGCUCGUUCAGCUUCAGCAAAACGGUCACAUGAAAAUAGUUCUUCAGGGAAUGAUGGGGUUGGAAAGGAUCAGAAUCUGCAGAAACAGAACGUAGAAGCGAGGAAGAAGAUGAAGCAGAUUGGAAACAAGAAUCGGCCACCAAAGUCGCCGAAAUUGUCUCCUGGUCCUGUAGAGGAGGACAUUGAGAAUGAGAUCGCCGAGGUUCUUUUUGGGUUACUGAAGCAAUCUCAGAGUUCUAAGGAUGAUGAUAGUGUUAAAAGCUCUACGUCAAAGCAGGAAGAUAAACAUAGAUAUAGCAUUAGAAACGAUUCCAAGACUUCAAUCUCGGAAAGUAGCCAUGCCUCUGAUCCAGAGCUCAAAAAUGUCUCCAAGGAGAACAAUUCUAUAGCAGAAGCAGUAGAAGUAGAAAGUAAGCAGCAGCCAAAAAAGGAAGCUUCUUUGCCGAAUUGGGAGCCAAAGUCGGAAGGUGCAUCAGGGUCAAUAGAGUUGCAGAAGGAGGAAGCAAAGCCAUUUGUGGAAGAAUCAGUUUGCGGAGAGGUACCGCAGCUUGAGAGCAAGAUGGAGGACAAGUUUGAAUUUGAUCUCAUGGCUCCUCCUCCUAUGGAGGAUUCGGCAUCUGAUAAUGUGGCGGAAGCUGUGCUUGAAACACUGCAAGACAAGAAGAUAGAGGUAAUCAAUGAUAAGCUCAAUGAGAAUAUUAACCAAGACAGUGACACUGAAUUACAACAGCAACCUAAGGCUAUCAUUCCUAAACUGGAGAGGACUGACUGGCGAAGCGGUCUUUCAGCCACCACAUUACAGCCCGGGAGUUCCCCUCUGUCUCAACCAUGUGCUAAGAGAUGCGCAACCCACCAUUACAUUGCUCGCAACAUUUACUUGCAUCAGAAGGCUACAAGAACGAACAAUCUCUGGCCACGCGCAGCUGGUUCUGCUCCUAUAUGUGACACCAAGCCAGACAUAGUUAUCGGAACUGAAAUUCUAGGAAGCGUCUCAGGUCAUAGUGCAAAAGAAUCAAAAGGUGAAAGUUCGGAGCCUACAUUCAUUGAAGCAUCAAGGACAAAGAAGCUUGUGGCUCAGCAAUAUCCCUCACAGCCAGCCUCUGGGGGUAAUCUCAUGCAUGGUUCUACUUUCAAAUUCUCUGUGGGACAAAAUCAAGCAUCAGUUGCAGCAACCAGUAAUCCAUCUGGUCCUUCGAAAUAUACAGAGCUGACAAACAAUGCAUCACAUUUUAGUCAUUCAGCAUUGUCAACUGUAGCUGCAGCAACCGUUAGUAGCCCAAAUGUGACAUUCCAGGAAGGUCCAUACUUGGCAAUCAAUGGGUACUCAUUCCCCAUGACAACUCCUUCAGGAACAACACUUGCAUUUCAAGGAGGAAACUCUCAGGCAGUGCCUUUAUAUAAUGGCCCUUUCUAUUCAAAUCAAAUAUUCCACCCUUCUCAGCUUCAUCAGCAACAGCCUCACUCACAGUUUCAGCAUCAAGUCCAAUCAAGCCAUCACAAGAACACAGGCAUGUCAACCGAUUCAUCAAAAUCUCACAGGCAACCAGAGUCUCGGCAACUGCAGAAAACACAAUUUAUCAGUAUGCAAUCACAGCAGUCACAAAAGAAGUAUGUGGCACAAUCUCUUCAGCCUCGCAAGGUUGAGAAUGACAUCAUUGGGGGACAUCCUGCAACUUCUUCUCGGGCACAACAUAGUGUUUAUGGUUACAGGCAGAAUUUUGCAGUGCCACUUCAACCCAUGAACUUUACCAUGAUGCCCUAUGUAACAUCGAGUGGUGGUGGCAGUGGAAAUCACAUUGAGCAAUCACAACAACAGGACUUAAAGGGUGUCUUUGGCAUGUCAUUUGGCUCCAUGAGUGGAAAUAAGGGUACAGGUACACUCCUGAACUUUUCAUCCAUGCCACAAAAUCCAGCAAUGUAUCAAAACCUUCCAAUAACUCAAGGUACACACCAGAAGAAUCACCAAGUAUCCGAAAGGAAGACUGGAAGCGUUUCUGAUAAUUCUGAUCAUGAUGGAUCAAAAGCUGUUACAGGGAGUUCUUCCCCAACUGUUGCUCAGACCCUUGUUUUUGAUAAUUCAGCAACAAAUCUCAACUUCACAACCUCAAAUUCUCAUCAACAGCGCCUCUACCAGUUUCAGCUUCUGCAGCAGCAACCUGCUAUGGCAGCUAGGAGCAAAGCAUCAAAGAGCACUCAUGUCUUCUCACAACCUCCAGUACAAUGCAACACUUCCAUCCAAUCUCCUAACAACUCUGGAAGAUCUUUGAUUUCCCAUGUUCCGGUUACAACCUCAACAGUCAAUAGUUUUCUUCAACAAGGAAGAGUCUCACAAGGUCAGACUCAGAUAUCUUUUGGGGGAAACCCUAAAUCCUCCUUAGCAGUACCACAAGGUCAACUCACUAACCCUAGUUUGCUGACGACUUGACAACUAGGGUUUUGGUAAGUAAAUUGGUAGCUAGUGCAGAAGUGAGUACGAAGUGGACGACCAAAUGAAAAGGGGGUCAGGCUUCUUAGGCUUACAUUUUGUCAAUUUAUGAACUAGUGGAGGCUGAUCAAAACUUCUGGGUGGUUCAUGAAGGGGGUCUAAUUUAAGAUUUGAUUGGUCUACUUCGAUCGUGAUGUGUAUAUAUAUGAUAAUAUGAUAAAGGUUUUGACUAUGAAUCAAUGUAUUCUUUUUCUGUAAAUAUGAAUCAGCAAUUUUCUCUUA